CAACCGCUGAGUUUCUCAAACUCUUACUUUGAGUGACUCUCUGCCAGCUAAUAUUCUAGCUAGCUAACCAAAGAAGCAGGAAGAAUAUGAAGAACUUGUUACCUCUUGGAGUAGCCAACACAAGUCUCCUACUUGUGAUUUUCUCCAUUCUAAUUUUGACAGGCACAAGCCUACGAGUAACGCCUCAUCCUUCAGAUCUUCAAAGAAAAGUCACUUCUACGUAUAAUAGAGAUGAUGUUCGAACGUAUCUUGAGAAAGGAGGAAAGAAAGAAGUAGGAACAAAGAUGGAAAUGGAACUAUACCCGACCAGAACCGGGUCGAGCUUGCCGGACUGCUCGCACGCCUGCGGGCCUUGCUUCCCAUGCAAAAGGGUGAUGGUGAGUUUCAGCAAGUGCUCCAGUACUUCGGAGUCGUGCCCGAUUGUCUACAGAUGCAUUUGCAAAGGCAAAUACUACCACGUCCCUGGCCUCUAAACUGAACCGGUCACUCUAACUGUUUCUGGGUUUUCUUGUCGUUGGUUGUUAAUUGGGAUCAAUUUGUAGUUUAGGGGGGAAAAGAU